GAGAGGAAAGAGAUGGUCCUUUAUGCCCACAACCCAAACCGAAACCUCAGCUCAAAGCCAUAGCCUUGAUUUGCAGAGAGAAUCCGAAGGAUUUCUCUUAACGAAACAAGAAAAGAAACACCCAUAUAAAUAUGUUUAUUUAGAGGAAAAUGAUUGUUCCAUUCAAAUAAUUCCAAUCAAGUCCUCCUUUUCUUUCUUCUUAUCCAAUAUUCAGCUGUGGAAGAAAGAAGAAAUUUGAUUGGUUCAAGGCCAAGAAGAGGGUUGAAUCCAAAGUAUGUUGGAUGAUCAGCCUAGUUUGAAUCCAUAGUAUGUUGGAAGAUCGGCCUAGUUUGGUUCCAAGGGACUAUCUAAGGACAUGCGAACUAGAAAGCAACUGGCCUUACAUGAGUUAUAGAGUGGAAAAAUUUGAUGUUCAUCGUGGCAAGCGGCCGUUAGAAACUAAUGGAGAGGAAGAAGGUGCUAGAAAGACAUCUACGCGCUCUAGCGAUCAUUUGGAUACAGCUCUAUCAAUUGGUGGGAUUCUAAUGUUAACUUCUAACCAAUCUGGUAAUCAGCGGCAUGCGGGGGAUAAUUCUGAUUCCAGUUCCCUAAUUCCUGCUAUUGGUCAUGACAACUCCGUUAAUUGUCUCAGUUGGUGCUCAAGAUCUGAUUACGGUGAUUAUGCAUCUUUGAAUCGAAGCUUUCGCUCACUUAUUAGAAGUGCUGAGCUCUAUAAAGUUAGGCGGAAAAAUGGUGUGGUUGAGCACUGGGUUUAUUUUUCUUGCCAGCUGCCUGAAUGGGAAGCCUUUGACCCUAGUCGUCGUCGUUGGAUGAGUAUACCAAGAAUGGAUCCCAAUCAUUUUUUUCUUUCUUCUGAUAAGGAAUCAUUGGCUGUCGGCACCGAGCUCCUUGUUUUUGGGAGGGAUUUUAUGUCUUAUAUCAUUUAUCGAUACAGUUUGUUAACAAACUCGUGGUCAUCUGGCAUGAGCAUGAACUCACCAAGGUGUUUGUUUGGUUCCGCCACCCUUGGUGAGAUCGCAAUAUUAGCUGGUGGUUGUGAUGCACAUGGUAAUAUCUUCAGUUCUGCAGAGCUCUACAAUUCAGAAACGGGAACUUGGAGGACACUCCGAAGUAUGAAUAAACCAAGGAAGAUGUGCUCAGCAGUAUUCAUGGACGGGAAAUUUUAUGUAAUCGGAGGAAUUGGAGGAACUGAUACAAAAGUUCUUACAUGUGGAGAGGAAUAUAGUUUGGACACUGAAACUUGGACUGAAAUUCCCAACAUGUCCCCUGUGAAGACUGGUGCAGCAGGGGAAUUUGAUGCACAGGCUACAUCUGUAGCACCACCUUUGAUUGCAGUUGUAAAUAAUGAAUUGUACGCGGCUGAUUAUGCUGAUAUGGACGUAAGAAAAUAUAACAAGGAGAAUAGAGUGUGGGUUACCAUAGGAAGAUUGCCAGAAAGAGCAGCUUCUAUGAAUGGUUGGGGUUUGGCAUUUAGGGCAUGUGGAGAUAGGCUUAUUGUAAUUGGGGGGCCUCGGACAGUUGGUGAAGGAUACAUCGAAGUAAAUUCAUGGGUUCCGAGUGAAGGUCCGCCACAAUGGGAUUUGCUUGGCCGAAAGCAAUCUGGUAGUAGUUUUGUUUAUAACUGCGCAGUGAUGGGAUGCUGAGAAUUUACACGCCGGUGGUCCCAUGGGGCACUUAAUGGUGUGCCUUGUGCUGAUGAUGGAAAGUUGUUUCCUGGAGGGGCUCAGGAUUCUUGCUCAUGGGUAAUUUAUCCCAACUUUCUUUUGCAUUUUUUUCCCUUUUUGAGUGGGAGGAGAUAGGAAGAAUCAUCAAAUUUUACUCAAGAUUCAAUUGAAUAUUUUCUUCAAGGUAGUCUUGAGUGCAUUCUUUAAAGUUAAGCUAAUAUUUUCUUUUUGAAUCGUCAUCUCCCGUUCAUGCAACAUUUGAAUUUUCAAAGUUGGGCAUCACAAAGGAUAGAGAGAUUUCCAAUAACUUCCAAGUAGGAAUUUGUUGGUGGAUUUCAGUUAGUGUUUGGUGAAGCUUUCCUUCAUAGCUGAAGAAUUUACUUUUUUGGUUCGGGUCCUUAAUUUCUUGAAAUUGUCUUGAAGAAAGAAAAUAAUAUCUUAAACAUGUUUACUUGUAAUGAAUACAAUUAGCAUUGCACUUGAUGGGGGCUAUAAAUUGAUUCUUUCCAUCUGGUAAACCUUCGCAAUUUUAUAGAUGUUUUUGUAUGAUAUUGUUCUUUGUUUCUUUCU